GACUUGUCUCCUAACUUAUGGGUCUAUGGAGUAAGGGAAGUUUGAUCGUUUGUUUGGUUGGUUGGUCGGUCCCGCGCUUUUCGUAGACUUCACUUUCCAUUUUCAAGUUCCAACACUGCAUAUAAAUGAGGAAGUUCACCUGCGGCUUCUUCACAGGUCGAAUCCCCGAGACCCACCGAACCCCAGAUCAUAUUCAGAAACCCGGACAGUCAAUGGAGAAUCCACUGAAAAGCAAGCAUCACGUCAGUGAAUCUGAGAAAUUGAAAGAGAACAGGAUCAAUUCAUAUGGCAAUCACAAUGACAACAUUAUCCUGAACUUCGACUUCUCACAAGGCCUGCAAUCUUGGCACCCCAAUUGCUGUGAUGGUUAUGUUGUGUCAGGAGAGUCAGGUUACCUCAAUGCGAUAUCAGCAAACUCAGGUGGGAGAUAUGCUGUUAUCACAAAUCGGAAGGAAUGCUGGCAAGGCUUGGAACAAGAUAUCACAAGCAGAGUUUCACCUGGUUUCUCUUAUACUGUCUCUGCUUGUGUUAGAGUGCUGGGGCCUCUUCAUGGAUCCACUGGAGUCCAAGCCACACUAAAACUUGAGUACCCAGACUCAGCAACUAGCUAUUUGUUUGUUGGAAGAGCCUCUGUGACAAAGGACCGCUGGGAGAAGUUGGAAGGCACAUUCUCAAUAGCGACCGUGCCCAAUCGGGUAGUAUUUUAUUUAGAAGGGCCAGCCCCUGGAGUAGACCUGCUCAUAGAUUCUGUUUCUGUCUCCUGUUCCAAUCUCAAAGGGCAUGAGAGUGCAACAAUGAAGUGCUUUGCUGAUGAUGAGAACAUUGUACUGAACCCCCAUUUUGAUGAUGGCCUUAAUAACUGGUCUGGUAGAGGCUGCAAGAUUGCAUUACAUGAUUCUAUGGGAGAUGGAAAAAUACAACCAUUGUCUGGAAAGUUCUUUGCCUCUGCAACUGAACGCACCCAGAGCUGGAAUGGAAUUCAGCAGGAGAUCACUGGAAGGGUGCAGAGGAAGCUUGCUUAUGAAGUCACUGCUGUGGUCCGGAUAUUUGGGAACAAUGUCACUAAUGCUGAUGUACGUGCUACUUUAUGGGUCCAAGAACAAAACCAGCGUGAACAAUAUAUAGGCAUUGCCAGUUUGCAGGCAUCAGACAAAGAGUGGGCACAAUUACAGGGAAAGUUCCUCCUGAAUGGUUCACCAUCAAAAGUAGUCUUUUAUCUAGAAGGGCCACCUCCAGGAACUGAUAUUCUUGUCAAUAGUUUAGUAGUAAAACAUGCGGCAAAAGUUCCCCCUUCACCACCACCUAUUAUUGAGAAUGCUGCUUUUGGAGUUAAUAUAAUUCAGAACAGCAGUCUUCAUGAUGGUCUUAAUGGGUGGUUUCCUCUUGGUAACUGUACUAUGAGUGUUGGUACUGGCUCACCUCAUUUGCUUCCUCCAAUGGCAAGAGACUCUCUUGGACCACAUGAACCUCUUAGUGGCCGGUGCAUUCUUGUGACCAAUCGUACACAAACAUGGAUGGGCCCUGCUCAGAUAAUCACAGCUAAGCUAAAGCUCUACUUGACAUAUCAAGUGUCUGCUUGGGUUCGUGUUGGUCCUGGAGUGAAUACACCUCAGAAUGUUAAUGUUGCGCUUGGUGUGGACAGUCAGUGGGUAAACGGGGGUCAAGUUGAAGUUAAUGAUGACCGGUGGCAUGAAAUUGGGGGAUCUUUUAGAAUUGAGAAGCAACCAUCCAAAGUUAUGGUAUACAUACAGGGUCCUUCUUCAGGUGUUGACUUUAUGGUUGCUGGACUUCAAAUUUUCCCGGUUGACAGGCAAGCGAGGUUUAAACAUUUAAAGAAGCAGACUGAUAAGAUACGAAAGCUUGAUGUUAUCCUGAAAUUUACGGGAGCCGAUGUUGAUAGUUCGCUUGGCACAUUUGUGAAAGUCACACAGACACAAAAUAGCUUCCCCUUUGGAGCAUGUGUCAAUAGGACAAACAUAGAUAACGAAGACUUUGUCGAUUUCUUUGUAAAAAAUUUCAACUGGGCUGUGUUUGGAAAUGAGUUAAAGUGGUACUGGACGGAGGCACAACAAGGUAAAUUUAACUACAAGGAUGCUGAUGAUAUUCUUGACUUGUGUAAGAGCCAUGGCAUAGAAUGCAGAGGUCAUUGCAUCUUCUGGGAAGUGGAAAGCACUGUUCAGUCAUGGAUCCGAUCAUUGAACAAAAAUGAUUUGAUGACAGCUGUUCAGAAUCGGCUUACUGGUCUUCUCACGAGGUAUAAGGAUAAGUUCAGACAUUACGAUGUAAACAAUGAGAUGCUGCAUGGCUCUUUCUACCAGGACAGAUUGGGCAAAGAUGUAAGAGCAUACAUGUUCAAGACAGCCCACCAACUGGACCCAGCUGCCACUUUAUUUGUGAAUGAUUACCAUGUUGAGGAUGGAUGCGACACUAGAUCUUCUCCUGAGAAGUACAUUGAACAAAUUCUCAAUCUGCAAGAACAAGGUGCACCUGUGGGAGGGAUAGGAAUUCAAGGACAUAUAGAUAGUCCAGUUGGACCUAUUGUUUGUUCUGCCUUGGACAAGCUGGGUAUACUUGGUAUUCCAAUAUGGUUCACAGAGCUAGAUGUUUCUUCAAUAAAUGAAUAUGUUAGAGCUGAUGAUUUGGAGGUAAUGCUUCGAGAAGCCUUUGCUCAUCCUGCUGUGGAGGGUCUCAUGCUUUGGGGAUUCUGGGAGCUGUUUAUGAGCCGUGAAAAUUCACAUUUAGUGGAUGCAGAAGGUAAUGUUAAUGUAGCUGGCAAAAGGUACCUUGCUCUUAAGGACGAGUGGUUGUCCCAUGCUCAUGGACACCUUGAUGAUCAAGGAGAGUUCAGAUUUAGAGGCUUUCGUGGGACAUACACUGUUGAUGUUGUUACCCUAACAAAGACUACCACUAAGACAUUUGUUGUUGACAAGGGAGAGUCACCACUUGAGUUGACCAUAAGUUUAUAAUACUCCAUGUGCCAUUGGAUCUAAAUAAAGAGGAACAUCCUUCUGGUUAUGUUCCAUGCUUUUAUUCAUUUGGGGGAGAAAUAAAUAAAUGACAUCUUGUUGGGUAGCAUGGUAUCUCUUUGU